UCUUGGCCGGAGACCAAGAUCUUAGCCAGGCGAGGGAGGCAGGCAGGCGGCAACCAAGAAACGCCAGUUUCCUGUAAAAGGACUUCAGUGAAAGACAAGGAAAGACCUGACUCCUGAAUCUUCCGACAGGUUCCACCAUGGAUGUUAACGUCACUGCCUUGUGGCCUACCAGUGCAUCCUUGUUAUUGUCCUCUAAAACCAAAAGUGUCGAGAGCAAAGUAAUGGACAUGAUUCAGGUCUUCUUCUACGGCAUGGUUUUCCUGCUUGGUUCUGUCGGUAAUGGAGCCGUGAUCUGGAUCACAGCCCGCCAGGUCCUGCGUACUGUCAAUUGCGUCUGGUUCUUCCACCUAGCCUUGGCCGACUUCCUGUUCUCUGUGAGCCGGAUAGUGCCACUGCUGAAGAAUGCUUUCUACGAAGGAUGGCCCUUUGGGAGCUUCCUGUGCCGAGCCAACAGCUUCAUCAAGUACCUCAACAUGUUCUGCAGCGUCUUCCUCUUGGCCUCCAUCAGCUUAGACCGAGCAGUCUCCGUGGCCUACCCGGUGUGGUUCAAAAACCACCGUGGACCCCGCUUGGCAUGGGUGGCUGCCCUCGGGGCCUGGUCUGUAGCUACUGCCACCAGCCUCCCUUUCUACUUUUACCGUAGCGUGGUUACAGAGAAGGGUAACCGGACCAAAUGCUCCCUCGCACUGGGGGACGGGGAGACAGUAAAGUUGGCCUUGUAUCUCCUGAGGUUGGUUUGUGGGUUCCUGGCUCCUUUUGCCAUCAUUGUGGUCUGCUACGGAAUCAUCGCUUGGAAGCUGAGGAGACGGCAGGCCACCUUCCGCUCCAAGAAACCCUUCAAGGUCAUCUUGGCCAUUGUAAUCACGUUCUUUCUCUGCUGGGCACCAUACCAUCUCUUCCUUCUACUCAAAUUGGCAGGCGUGAAGGGCCAAGGGAUUUCCGUGGGCCUCCCUCUCACUUCCUCACUGGCCUACCUCAAUAGCUGUACUAACCCCAUCCUUUACUUCUUCAUGGGCCUGGACUUCCGCAGAAAGCUAAGCCAUUUCAACUUCUCUGGGGCUUUCAGGAGAACCUUGCUUGAAGAUAGUGGCUACUCCUUGAGAAGGCCUACCAAAUACCAGAGGGAAGCAGCUUCUUCCAUUGGUGUGCUGGACCACUCCACUCCGUAGGGUGCUGUAAGCAAACUCAAGGUCCUGGAGGCCAGUUGGCUUGUGAGGCCUGUGUAUCACAGUUUGCUAAAAUAGUAUUUAUCUAUCACGUUGAAGGAAUGUGACAUUUUAGGCCAGCCACUUCUCUCCCCCAAAUGUAGAGUGGGUGAAAUUUGAUCAUGUGGUACACUGUUAUGUUUUCUGAACAUUAUAAAACCACAGAUAACUGCUGUGUUAAAAGGAGGGGGGUAAGAUUUGUGGUAGAUCCAUUCCUUGACCCAGGGAUCCAUUCCUUGACCCAGGCCUGGAUUUUCAGAAUGUCCUGGCUAAGUGCAGACUUGACCACUCCAGGACUUAUUCUAGACAGGCAGGGCAAGAGAAGAUCUGAAUGGAAGAAUGAUAAUGUGCCCUAUGGCUGCAUGCAAGGAAGGAACUCUGGCAUAAAACUCUACAGCCACAUGUACGGCACACAUACAGAAUCCUGGAAAUGGUCGUUUGGUAAGGGUGCUGGGAACUGUAGCUCUGUAAAGGGUAAACUAUAGUUCCCAGUUACUUUGUGGGGAAGCCAUGUGCUUUAAAUAUAUGUUGUGUAUGUAGCCUACACCUACUGAGCUCAGUAUGAAUCCAGAUUUUUGAAGAGUC